UUGCUUGGCGACAGAUUCGCGAUUGAAGGCCUUGGCGGAGUGAUUGCUUCAACGAAUAAAAGUCUUCAGACCAUUGUUUAUGACGCUAUUCGGAUAGUCCAAGCAGCGAGUUUGUUAGCCAUACAGAGUAACGCCAAUGCCAGUGUGAAUUGGAUCUACGAAUUGGCAUCAGAUGCUGCACAUUGCGGUUUCGAUUCUGUGAGGCUGUCAACGUUUCAAUGGACCGAUGCAAAGGACCAGGACAGUUAUGAGAGAAAACUGCUGACAUUGAAAGGGAAAGAUUUGGAAGGCGCCGUUACCGUAUCCGCAGUUUCCCGUGAUGGACUGAUCUGCGAAUGUAUAGUGCCACACCCUUCUGGAAAGCUGAAGGCUGGAGCUCAACAUGAAACCAGCUUGGUGGUAACAAUGCAGCCAAAGGGUGUUGUGGAGACGAAACCGGUGCAAACAGACACAGCACAGAAAGUGGAUCAGCUACCAGAAGAAGGACAACUACAGCUGGUAACCGACGAGGCAAGUGGUUUUCUUUGCAAGAUGAUCCAUCCAUGGACUUCUUGGUUUUGA